GCACGUGAUUGUGAGCUGCUUUAUGGAGUGAGGAGCCACUUUACGCGCGUGACGAUGAAGCCCUCCUCCUCCUCAUCGCGGUGAACCGACCGGGGACCGACCCAGACGAGUGUCCGAGCUGCAGCAGUCAUGGUGCUUGAAGCGGACAAGACGCUGCUCGCCGCGAGGCAGGGGGACGUGCACACUCUCAAAGCGCAAUUAGCGGCACAAGCGCUAUCCGGCGACGUGAGGGACCCGCUGGGCGCUUCUCCGGUGCACCACGCCGCCCGGGCCGGAAAGCUGACCUGUCUGCGUUUCCUGGUGGACGAGGCUGGACUACCGGGGAACUGCGUGGCCAAGAACGGGGCCAGUCCGGCUCAUGACGCCGCAGCCACCGGGAACCUGGCGUGUCUGCAGUGGCUGCUGACACAGGGAGGUUGUCGGCCAGAGGACAGAGACAGUUCCGGCGCCACCAUACUCCACCUUGCUUCCCGCUUCAGCCACCCUGAGAUCACGGAUUGGCUGCUGAAGAGCGGCGAAUGUGACCCCAGAGCCUCCACUGAUACUGGCGCUCUACCAGUUCACUAUGCUGCUGCCAAGGGCGACCUGCCCUCCCUCCGACUGUUACUGGGCCACAGCCCAAAUGUUGUCAAUUCCCAAACCAAGAACGGUGCCACACCCAUCUACUUGGCCUGCCAAGAAGGUCACCUGGAGGUCGUCCAAUACCUGGCCAAGGAUUGUGGCGCCGAUCCGAGCAUCAGAGCCAGUGACGGGAUGACGCCUUUGCAUGCAGCUGCACAGAUGGGACACAACACUGUCAUCGUCUGGCUGAUGAAUUUCACAGACAUCAGUCUAACGGACCGAGACGGGGACGGUGCUACGGCCAUGCACUUCGCGGCCAGUCGUGGCCACGCCAAAGUGCUCAGCUGGUUGCUGCUGCAUGGUGGUGAAAUCGUGACUGACAACUGGGGCGGGACGCCGCUUCACGACGCUGCAGAUAACGGAGAACUGGAGUGUUGUCAGAUCCUUGUGGUGAACGGGGUGGACCUUGGCAUCAAGGACCAGGAUGGUUUCACAGCAGUCGACGUGGCCGAAUACAACGGCCACACGCAGUGUGCCAAGUAUCUGCGCACUGUGGAGAAUAUGAGCGUGGAGCACCGAGUUUUAUCUCGAGACCCUUCAACGGAGCUGGAGUACAAGCAGCCAGACUCCGGCCUCUCGUCCCCAAACACUACCAUGCCACCUGCCGGCCAGGCCGUGCACUUUGACAUCUGUUCUCCGUCCAGCUCCCUGUCCAACUAUGACUCGGCCAAUUCCAGCCAGUCCAGCACUGGAGAGAAGAGAAGCAGCUUGGCGCUGUCCCGAGGCCCGCCCGCUCAGCUCAACACGGUGGCGCACACAGGUGCAUCAGAGUCGGCCAUCACAGACAUGCAGGCGUACAUGGACAUGCUGAACCCAGACAUUCAGUCUGACGUGCCCACAAAGGCUGAGGCACCUCCUGAUACAGGCUCAAAGCCUCCACCGCCACCGCCACCCGCAUUUCCACCGCCGCCUCCCCCUCAGUCUCCCUCGGGUCCCCCUCCACCCCCCAGCUACCCGGCACCGCAGCCUCCUCAGGAUCAGGACUCGGCUGAGUUCCUGAAGGUGAAAAGCAACUUGCGGCAUGUAAAGAGCAACAGCAGCAAGAAAGAGCUGAGUCCUGGCGAAAACCACGACCGACUACGGCGCGUGGACUCGAACAGGAAAUCGAGGAGCUUCAGUAAGCAGCCUAGCACUGGGGACUAUUACAAGAACCUGGGUAGUGACACGGCUGAGGACCACAGGACCAAAGCCAUGGCGCCUAAUGAGGAGGGCUCCAUGGCAUUGGAGGAGCCAAAUAAUGGCUCCGGCCCCAACUCUGAAAAUGGAGCCACAGAGGAAACGGUCCCACCGCCACCUCCUCCUCCUCCUCCUCCUCCUCCGCCACUCCCUCCUCCUACAAGCAAUCUGACGGCCACACCCCCUCCACCACUGCCACUGCCGCUGGAGACGCCCACUACCCAGAGUCCCUCCACAAACAGCGCCUCCACCAAUCAGCGACGGCCUUCCUCCUCAUCAGGAAGCGGGGCUUUGCCUGUCUCUCAGGCAGAGGGCGGGGCUCUAAGACAGAAGAAGAGUAAGCACCAAUCUUUCAACAUGAUGUCCCCCACUGGAGACAACUCGGAGCUGCUGGCAGAGAUCAAAGCCGGGAAGAGCCUGAAGCCUACGCCCCACAGUAAAGGCUACACCACCGUCUACUCCAACAGCAGCCCCGCCGGCACCAACGGAAGCACCGCUUCUCCACCUGAGACCCGUACACCGAGUCCACCAGCCACGCCCUCAUCUCCACCACUCUGCAGCAAGCCCACCACCAGCCCGCCCGACCCGAGCCCCACCGGCUCCGGAUCUGCUCGCACCUUGUCGAGCUCUACAAGCUACGAACAGCUCUCCUCCAACUCUGUUAUCAAUGGGAGCAGCGGUGGCAGCGGCGGCUUGGCGGGAGCAGAGUCAGGGCGGAAGAUGAGCCUUGCAGAUGUGGAGGCGCUGGUGCCCACCCUGGAUGAACAGGGCAAAGCCAUCCCAGAGUGGAAGCGACAGGUGAUGGUGCGAAAGCUUCAGGUCAAGAUGCAGGAAGAGGAGGAGUACAAGCGUAAGGCUGAUGAGGAAGCCGCCCGCCUGGCAUCGAUGCCAGCUUGGAGGAGAGACAUGAUGAAGAAGAAAAUGAAUGAAGAGAGGGAACAAAAAAGAAAAGCAGAGGAGGAGGCCAAACAGGCCAAAGAGAUGGAGGAGAAGUCGGCACUGGAGCGGUUAAGGACCCUGGGCCAUGAUGAGACCAAGCUAGCUCCGUGGCAGCGGCAGAUCUUUCUGAAGUAUCCGGACAUCGCCAAGCAGUGACCAGUGCCGCCGUGGCACCACCUCCAUCCGUCACACAUUCGCCACCCCGAGGCCUUCACUGCCAGCCUGCACCACACCGCGGGUGGGGAGCGGGUCUCAGUCUCUGGACGCUCUGAGACUCGGCUUUUCUGCAAAACAAAACCUGCAGAAAGUUUCACAGACACAAAUUUUUGGUCUUUUAACAGUAGUGUCAGAUUAAUGCGUGCAUGCAUUCUGCUCGUUUAGAACCCGCAUGAAUCCUCAACUACAUGAACGUUAUCCUUAGUUCAGAAUUAAUUCUCUGAGUCUUCUAAUAAAAAUGUUCUUUCACAUAGAUAGUUUAAAAGCUGGUUUCUGGUAGAAACAAGACAGCAAAAUGUGUUUGUGCGCUGAUGUAGGUGUUUUAUGAUGAUCAGCAGCUUAUUGCAUCAUAAAGCAGCUCCUUUCUUCUGUAUGUAGAUAGUCUCUGUUCAUGUUGAUGAUAUAGAUUUUUAUAUUGCAUUCAUAGAAGCACUUUACAGAUGGUUUCACAAUACAGCAGGAAAUAUAAAUCAAUGCUCUUUUUUUAUUAAUGAAACCUUUUCUGUGGAACUAAAAUAUUUCCAAACAUGAAAGCAAAACUAUAUUUGUGUGGUCAUUUUUAACAGCAAGAAUUGGUGAGAUUCAUAGUUCAAAGAAAAAAUAUCAGCACAGCAUUUGCUAUUUCAAGCUAGUUUAAAUUGCUGUGCAAAAUAAAUUUUAGGAGUUCUCACUGGUGAAAAUACUGUUUGAACCCCAUUUGUUUUUCUACACGUGAUCUAAAUAUGCAGAUCUUGAAAGUGAAUGUUUUGCAUGUGUGUUGGAUAAUCAUGGAUGAUAUUUCUAGGCUUUGACAUCAACCUAGGUCUGCAAAAUGCAGUAAGUUUAUGAAGAGACAGACAGAUGAGUGCAUUCUCACCAAAUUAACUAAAAAUAAAUAAAUACAUGCUGUCAUUUUGUAUGUCUACAAAUUAAAAGGAUACACAUCAAAGAUAAACCGGUGAACGUUUGGUUUACUUUGAUCAACUGAAAAUUAAGUUUAUUGAUUUGCUUAUGUAAUUAAGUGUAUACCAGUCUACCACCUGCUGGACAUGUCUGGAAUUGCUUCAGGAGAUAAUCAUGUGCAACAUGUAGCUUGAAAUAAGCUUAUUUGUCCCGUUUCUUUCAUUUCCAAAGUCUGGGUCUUGUGGCCUUGUAAUUUAUUAUUGGACACAUUUGACCCGAGGAUCUAAACUACAGAGAUGAACACAACUCACAAACCUGCUGCAUCUGGAUUUUUAAAGUGAAGAUUUGCACUUUAGACUUCUUAAUGUGGGACUUUAAACAUAAAUCUUGGCUAAAUGCGUUUUUGGACAAUUACGCAACCAUGAUCUCAUCAGAGUAAUUUGAUUUCAGAAUCAUAUGGGGUGGGGGUAGCCCAAUCUAACCCAGGGUGUAUUCUGGGUUUAUCUCUGUUAAAAAUAGAUCACAUGAUGUAAAAUAUAUUUACACGUGAAGAGUCGGCCCUUGUUGGUUAAUCAAUCUAUAUAUAUGUAUGUAUAUAUAUAUAUAUAUAUAUAUAUAUAUGAAGAAUUCUACUUUGCUUUCAUCAGAUGCCAUAUACUGUCGAAAUUAAAAAUGAUGUAAAGGUCAUUGCCAUUUGAUGUUUCUAUAUAUAAAGUGUAUAUAAUGA